ACAGGUUUCAAAUCCUGCCAAGUAUGAGGUCGAUUCUACAAGUGCCAAGAAAUAUAGGCUUACUGUUAAAAAUGUGCAGUUAACAGAUGCCGGAAAGUAUGAGUGUCGGACAAUACCUUCAGCUGGACCUGCAAAAGAUUAUCCAGCACAAUUGACUGUAAUAGGUACCCCUUCAUGUCCAAAUAAGAACGGUCGGCUCGUGGCAAACAUCGAAAAUCCGAGUCAGAGUGACAAAGCUGAACUUGUGUGUAAUCUCGAUUUCCGCGGCGUCAAUCCAGCAUCUUUGAAAUGGUACGACAACAUCGGUACCCUGCUUCCAUCUUACUCAAGUGGGGGCGCAAACUCCUCCCUCCUCACUGUCAACACAAGUUUUCCUGUAACGCCGACGUAUCAUGGAAAAGCUUUUGAAUGUCGCGUAACAGUGCAGAAUAUUCUAGACUUUCAAGAGAGUUGUUUCUCUUCACCUACGUUUGAUAUAGUGUCAACAGGAACAACAACAGUAGAUGCAUGUGCUACAAAUACGACAAUUGUGAAUCUCGUUUUACAGGGGCUGAUAGAAUUACAACACAAGCAUCCAUUACGACGGCGCCAACAACACUCUGUACAAUCUGUCCAAUCUGUCCAACAAGUAACCCAGUUGGUAAUAUAGUGGGAGGAGUAUUUGGUUCAUUGAUAGCCAUUGGUAUUAUUUCUGUUCUUGCAUUCUGGGUUUUCAAAGUACAAAAGGAAAACAAACACCUUAAGGUUGAACUACAUUUAAGACGCAAUUCUCCAGACAAAGGAUCUGGUACCCAUGGUAGGGUGAAUCUUGUGUUCACUCAAGCUCAAAGUGAACCAUAUGACGUUGUUGACUUUACAACAAACAACUGUGAUCAACUCAACGAGGAUGACGUCAACAUAUCUUUUCCGAACGUUUGUGAUGAUGCAUAUCCAAUGGACACAAUUGACAUAGGGGCGACAUUAGGUGCAGGAGAAUUUGGAGUUGUCAAACUUGUGAAUGUGAAUAACAAUGUUAAAGCUCCAUUUAUAGCUGCUGCAAAGAUCUUAAAAGAUAAUGCAUCAGAUGACGAUCACCAGGAUUUGCUUCGUGAACUAGAGCUAAUGAAGCAGUUACCACGACACAACAACGUAGUAGAGCUUCUAGGUUUCUCUAUAACGCAUAAUGGUCAUACAAUGAUACUUGUUGAGUAUUUACCUCUCGGUGACCUGCAUAGCUACUUGAGGGCCAACAAGGCUAAAUACAUCCAGACUGACAAGUUGGAAACAAGUAAAGAAUUGAUACAAUUUGGAUGGCAAGUCGCAAAAGGGAUGGAACACAUUUCAUCACAUAAAUUCUUGCACCGUGAUCUUGCAGCAAGAAAUGUAUUGUUGAGUGCAAGAAAAGUCUGCAAGAUAUCUGAUUUUGGACUAUCGAGGGACGUUGGUGAGGGAAAUGUAUAUAACAGAAAGUCAAAAGGUCGUCUUCCUAUUAGAUGGAUGUCUCCCGAGGCUAUAUUCCACAAUAUAUACACAACUAAAAAUGAUGUCUGGGCUUAUGGUAUACUCCUCUGGGAAAUACUAACUUUCGGGUCAACUCCUUAUCCUGGUAUGAAAGGCAAAGACGUUAUGGAACUCGUGAAA